AUGGGCAUCCUUCCAGCCCGCAAAGCAGUUGCCUUCAAGGUUCAUGCUGGCCAAGAGGUCAAGGUGAUCAACACCUAUGGCAAGCAAGUCGUCGACUUCUGGGCUUUCAACCCUCGGGAGCCCAACGACUUCCUGUCCAUGGUGCACACGAGAACAAUUCUGCUCAAGGUAUCCUUAGCAAAGGGUGAUGUCCUGUACAGCACGCGUAGGCAGCCGAUGCUCGUUUUGGCCGAUGACACGACUAUGGGUGUGCACGACAUGAUCUGGUCCGCGUGCGAUGCUGAACGAUACCGCAUGCAAGGCUUCGAUGGGUAA